GACUGCGCUUGCGCUUUUCUUUGGCGCCAAGAUGGCGAUGGAGAUGAGGCUUCCCGUGGCUCGGAAGCCUCUUAGCGAGAGCAUGGGCCGCGAUACUAAAAAACAUCUGGUGGUUCCGGGGGACACAAUUACCACGGACACGGGAUUCAUGCGGGGCCAUGGAACUUACAUGGGGGAAGAGAAGCUCAUUGCAUCCGUGGCCGGCUCCGUGGAGAGGGUAAACAAGUUGAUCUGUGUGAAAGCUUUGAAAACCAGAUACAAUGGUGAAGUAGGAGACAUUGUGGUGGGGAGAAUCACAGAGGUUCAACAGAAGAGGUGGAAGGUGGACACCAACUCGAGGCUGGAUUCGGUCCUGCUGCUGUCGUCCAUGAACCUUCCCGGCGGAGAGCUGAGAAGAAGAUCUGCAGAAGAUGAGCUGGCCAUGAGAGGUUUCUUGCAGGAAGGGGAUCUCAUCAGUGCGGAGGUGCAGGCGGUGUUCUCAGAUGGAGCGGUGUCGCUGCACACGAGGAGUCUGAAGUAUGGCAAACUCGGCCAGGGGGUGUUGGUCCAGGUUUCCCCCUCCCUGGUGAAGCGGCAGAAGACUCACUUCCAUGACUUGCCCUGUGGGGCCUCCGUGAUUCUGGGGAACAAUGGCUUCAUCUGGAUCUACCCAACGCCGGAGCACAAAGAAGAGGGCGCGGGGGGCUUCACUGCCGACCUGGAGCCCGUCUCCCUCGCCGACCGAGAGGUGAUCUCCCGGCUCCGGAACUGCAUCGUCUUGCUGGUCACCCAGAGGGUGAUGCUGUAUGACACCAGCAUCUUGUACUGCUACGAGGCGUCCCUUCCGCACCAGAUCAAAGACCUCUUAAAGCCAGAAAUAAUGGAGGAAGUAGUUAUGGAAACGCGCCAGAGGCUUUUAGAACAGGAGGGGUGAGGAGAGACAUCUGAAGGACAGGAUGGUGUGCACCUGACCCGAGCAGUUCUUGAAAGUGAAGAAUCCGAUUUGUGGUCCCUGUGUGGCUCCGUGGAGAACUGUGACACUCACCACCUGACCUACAUCAGGCUACGUCCAGCCCCAAAGACUUGCUUUCUCCUGAUCUAGGGCAGAGCCUGGGGAAGUGCUGCUGGCCCCUUGGGUUGCCUGCAGAGUCGGGCAGUACGGGUACUUGCAGGCCUUGAUUUUUUUAUUUUUUUAAUUAUUACUAUCUUUUUUUUUUUUUAAGCUUCAAGCCUUUACAAGCACACAGUGUUUCAGCCAAGUGGACUCCCAUUCUGGAAUAAUAUGGAGAAUCUUUUUCUCCUAUUCACCAUCAGUUGGUGAAUCACCAUCACAAGCCACAGUGCCCCAUGAAAUGGUCUAAAAAACACAGCCUCCCUGACCCGCAAACUGUUUUGGCCUCUGUUCCCACUCCUGCGGCGCAAGUAGGACACUGAAGAAUAUAGUAGUAACUUUUUUUUCGAGAGAGAGAGAGAGCACACGCGCGCGCGUAAGCGCACAUGCUUGUGCUGGAGCAGGGAUCUUCAGCAGGCUCCACGCCCACGGUAGAGCCAACGCAGGGCUCUGUCUCCUGACCGGGAGACUGGGGUCUGAGCUGCAACCCAGAGCCGGAGCUUAACCGGCGGAGCCACCCAGGUGUCUGUAUGGUUAACAACAUGAACCCAGCGGUCACAUGGAAGAAGAAAGCCGACCAAGCAGCCUUCGCUCGCUUAGAGUGUUGCUUCUCGUGAUACAUGCGAGUGUACAUCAUCAGGCUGCUGUGAUCUGUCCCGCUUCUAAGGGGUGAUUUGUCAGAAGCUGAAUUAUCAGUAAUCGAGUGAGUGUUCAGGGUGCUCUGAGGAACGGGAAAACAGGAAGAGAAAUGCAGAUGGGAACAGAAAAGCUGUCUUCCUCUUGUGAUUGAAGUAGUAAUGCAUUAAUUGUGGAACAAUUCAGGGUUAAAAACAGGAGGUUGACGUUCUCACUGAGGCAUGCUAGGAUUCCCAGGCAUUGGCUUUCCUAAUGACUAGAAACGGUACUCUCAGGUUUGGGAAAACAUUUUUUUAAAGGCAGGCUAUGAAGUGCUGUCUUAUUUCACAAUAUGUGAAUAUUUUUUCUAUAUUUAUAAAUGUGGUAUUAACAUCACUGUUUCUGUCCCCAUGCCCUGUGUAAUACUUGGGAGUGUAGCAGGUAUAAAACCUGACAGAGGACUUUAAACUGCCCUCUGGGUCAUCCAGUGAAGUGUAAGCCUAGCAUAGUUUCAGUGGUUGCGACUUUGAACCCUGCAUUUGACACUUUUGAAAUACAGCUCGGCUCUUUGUUACUGGUAUAUUUCUUGUCCUUAUAACAUCACUCGAGAGCUACCAUUUUAGACAGCUGAAUAUUCCAUAGGCUGCGGUGCAACCGUAGAUUGGCUCCCUUGGCGUAUUUUUGAGAGCACAUGCUGGGCUGUAUACCUCUUAGGAGCAGGGAAGGAGAGGGUGGGAAGUCUCCGAUUUGGUUUAGUUUUGACUGGGAUCAUUUGUGAGCUCUCUGAAAGUUUGUUCUCGCUUGGUCUGGUCUCCCAAGCUGCCAGCCUGUGCUGUUCAUUCAGUAUAUCCGGAAUGGCAAUUUACCUGCCAAUGGGAAUGAUACUAAGAAUGGUCUGAAAGCACCUCUUGGGGAUGAUCUACUCUUCGUGGCCCACUAGGGGGCGUGCUUGCCGAGUGUUAAUUCCAGUGGACGUUUCAAAAAGGAGGGGAAAUUUUUACACUGGCACUGAAUCCAAGUAGCAACUUGUGAUUGCUUUGCUUCAUAAAACUGAGGACAAAAUUAGACAGAACUGAGAAUAUGUGAACUUAAAGGGAUUUAUUCAACAUCUAGCUACGUUGAUAUCUGGCAUUUGCUGGGCUCUGCAUUUUAGUUUUUUAAGUCCUCAGAAGUGUCAUUCUACAGUGCUAUGCAGGAAGUUAAAGGGUAUAGUGCAUCUCUAGAAAAUACUGCAUCUAGGCUUGGGAUUCACCAAUCAGACAUUGGUGAAUGGAAAGUGGAGAUUGGGGAUACACCUUUAGAUCAGGUCCAGGUGGCCUCUCCAUUGUCCCCUAAAGCAUCAUCUCAGCUGGAGAAGAU